AUGCCAAAUCAAAGGAUAUCUUAUCUUACGUAUUGUUUUAAAGUUAGACCUCGUCCUCAGAUACAUAUUAUUGUAGUUGUUACAGCCCUCAAUAAACAUCAUCAGGUAAUUAGUCCAGAUAGAUUUGAAAAUCACCACAAGCGAAUCCGAAGUCUUUCAAUGGUUCUUACACUACAGUUAAAAGCAUUAGCGAUCACUUGGGUACGUUUUCCUGUAUUUAAUCGCCAGAUGCCUUGUUCACGUUGUUGGGAGGUUAGACGUGUCAUGCUUGCUGCCGUCACAAGAAGAGGCCAAUCAGUAAUAGCAAGACGUGGUUUAUUUCCUCUUCACUCUAUCCAAGCCACUUAG